AUGGGCAACGACGGCGGCUCCAUCCCCACCCGGCGCGAGCUCGUCAAAGCCGCCGCGCGCACGCCCUCGACCGCCGAGCUCAAGGCCGCCGCCGCCGAGGCCGAGCACCACCGCUGGACGACGUGCCCGCUGUCGAACCGGCCGCUGGCGCGGCCCGUCGUCGCCGACGCCGCCGGCCGCCUCUACAACAAGGACGCCGUCAUCGAGCACCUGCUGCCGCUGGCCGACGCCGACGAUGUCGCCGCGCUGCGCAAGCGCGACGACGCGGAGAGGGAUGUGUUGAGGGGGGCGGUCGCCGGGAUUAGGGAUGUGGUCGAGGUGGGGUUUUGUGUGGAGGGGGAGGGCGAGGGGGAGGAGCGGAGCGAGGGGGAGGGGGAGAAGGUGGCGGCGAAGGAGGAGGCCGGUGGCGGUGAGGUUUGGGUGUGUCCGAUUACGAGGGAGAGGCUGGGGCCUGGGUCCAAGGCCGUGUAUCUGGUGCCGUGCGGGCAUGCGUUCAAGGGGGAGGUGAUCAAGGAGGCGGGUGGGGAGAGCGUGUGUUUGACGUGCAACGCGCCGUACGCGCCGAACGACGUCAUCCCCAUCGUGCCGACCGCCGAGGAGGACAUCGUCCGUCUCCAGCUCCGGGUCAAGACGCUCAGGGAGAAGGGUCUGACGCAUUCGCUCAAGAAGGCGCCCGGCGGCAAGAAGCGCAAGAAGAACGGCGACGACAAGGACGCCGACGCGUCGGCCAAGAAGGAGAAGAAGAAGAAGGCGGCGGCCGCGGCCGAUGGCAUCAAGAACUCGGCCACGGCGUCGCUGACGGCACGCGUCCUGGCCGAGCAGGAGGAGCGCAACAAGCGCCGCAAGAUUGAGAACAACGAGAACCUGAGCAGCCUGUUCAGGAAGGACAAGAACGAGCCCGGCAAGAACAGCGACUUCAUGACGCGUGGCUUCAACAUCCCCGCCCACGCCAAGCGCUGA